UUAUUUUUUAUUUUUUUAAUCUGUCUUCCAUAUUAAUGGCCGCAGCCGUGACCAAUUCGUUUUGGGUUGCUCCGGGGCAGGACGCGCAGUUUGUCCAUAAAACCCACCCAGCGGCGCCGCUGACAUCAUCCGACGGUUUUAGGGGUGAGGAUCAUGGACAAGUGCUUUGUAACGUCGUCCCGGGAAUAUCAUCCUUCCCGGAUUAUAAUCUGGUUAAAGCCGAGAUGGAUGCCUACAUACAUCAGGAUACAGUAGACUCCAAAAUGUUUGACAAGGAUGGUGCCUCUAUGCUGGAGCCAUCAUUUAUUGAGGACUUCGCCACUUCUUACAGCGUCAACAUGAGCCUGUUCCUCCCUGAUGCUUCCUACCUGCACCCUGGCCUAUGCCGGACUGUGAAGCAAGUCAAAAUGGAGCCACAGCCCUCCCUGAUACACCCCACCUGCCAGGGCAAUGAAGCACCAGCAAUGCUGCCAGAGUACUCAGGAAUGUAUAAAGCAGUCGACAGUCCAGGUAAUUUUUUCAUCAAGCAGGAAGCACCAGAAUUCCAAGAGAUUCCCCAGUUUCAGAUGCUGAACACUGAUUUAGAGCAGGACUCUUUCCCCAUCACACAACUAAGUCUUCCAGUGAGGAAUCUAAACGUAAGAGAACUAUCCAGCAGUUCACUGACUGUGACUGAGUGUUUUCCAUUUAAUCAUCACUCUGGCCAUCAGUUUAGGUCAAAUUAUUUGCCCCCAUCUCCGCCAACUUCUGAGCCUCCAAGUCCAGACGUAAACAAGGAGCUCCUUCUUAACAUCUCCCCUCCUCCUUCCUAUGAGGCCAGCAUUGCCUCCAAGACAACACUUCAGACCCACAGUUCCACUGGAUCCAGACAGACUUCCGGCAAUUCUUUGAGUAAGAACCUCGACCAAAAUUACACUCCUAAAUUCAGCCGUAGUCCGGUUGUUGGAGCGGUUCAAAACUUGAGCCUGGCACCAGCUAACACAGCGCCAUGUGUUGGCCCACUGUCUCCAGAGUUGGCCCAGUCUGCUCCGGUCAAGUACAACCGGAGGAAUAACCCUGAUCUGGAAAGGCGCAGGAUACACCACUGUAAUGUUGAAGGUUGCAAGAAAGUAUACACAAAGUCUUCUCAUUUAAAGGCUCAUCUACGGACCCACACAGGUGAGAAGCCGUACCAGUGUUCCUGGGAGGGAUGCGAGUGGCGCUUCGCACGCUCUGAUGAGUUGACACGACACUUCAGGAAACACACCGGGGUGAAGCCUUUCCAGUGCGGCGUGUGCAGCCGCUGCUUCUCACGUUCGGACCACCUGGCCCUGCACACGAAGAGACACCAGAGCCACGGAGCCCCUUAGCUGCAUCUUCAUGGCUUCUACCAAACGUGGGGGAAAAUGGAGUAAAAAAAAAGACAGCAGUUUAUUCUAUUUACUCUCAAUAGAGACAAUUUGAUGUUCUGAUCUGACACUAUUUGACUUUUUUUCUAUGUGUCGAAUCAGAUUGUUGCCUUACUACAAAUAUCUCAUCAAUGGAAGACUUAUCAGUUAAAACUAUUUAACCAGUUGUGUCCUUUUGAAAGCUUUAUUUUGUUAAUGCACAGAUAUGAACAGGUGACAUUUUUAUAUCUGGACUGUUCAUGGUGAAGAUCAUUUUAGCUUUUUGCGAAAUUAGUUAUGGUUUUAUGUCUGUGACCUAUGGAGAGUAUUGGCAGUUAAGGAAAGCUGGACACGCUGGAUGAAACACUUUGGUGUAGAGCACAGUUUUGUCAUGCAGUCUGUGCAUAGUCAUAUUUUGACUUUAAUGCUGCCAGGUUCACAGGAAGAUUUUUUUUUUCCUUAUUCAAAGGAUAAUGUUUGGUGUUAAAUGACAAUAGAUAAGAUUUUUUUUUCCUUUUUUUGUCAUUCACUGUGUCACCAAAACAUUUUAAUGUAAAACAAAGAUAACCUGAGUAAAUAUAGUCUUUGAAACGAUGAGCAGUUUUCUUAUCCAUCCAUUGUUUAUACCUGCCUUUCUAAGAAGUGUGCAGCUGGUAGAAUGAGGCAGGAUACACCCCGAAAAAUUUGCUCAUUCAUCACAAGGCAACUUGGAGACACACAGGACAAACAGCUAUCCAAAGACACACUCAAAAGGGCAAUUUAGAGUAACCAAUAAACCAAGCAUUUAUAUUUUAGGACUGUGGGUUGAAAGCCAGAGUACCCAGAAAGAAAAUCUACACAUGCAAAGGGGAGAGCAUGCAAACUCCCAGGACCUUAGAUUCCAACCCAGGACAUUCUGGAUACAAAUGAACAGUGCUAACUGAGCCCACAUGCAGCCAAAAUACCACAAUUGAGGGAAAACAAGAUACCAACUUUGUCUUUUGGGAAAACUGUGAUUAACCAGAUUUUCUUGGUUCAGUUUCAGUCGCCACACCCAGGUUUGCUUACUGUCUGACCAGUAGAAAACAGAAAUCAUGUCUGAGAACAUGAGGUAAGU